UAUGAUUUGUAAGUCAAUUAAAUAAAAUUCAUUCGGAAGACGAAAUAAUAUUUCAAAAAAAUAUAUUUUUCAAACAUAUUAACGAAAUCCGAUGGCUGGUAGAUUUUUUAACAAAAACAAUUUGUUGGAAUUCUGUAAACGCCUUACAGCAAGCGAAUUCCAGCAAUAUUUGAGUUUCAACAAGCAAAAUGCACAAAAUAAUAAAAGUGUUCAGAAAGUUUCUGACUUUUGGCAACUAAUCAGCUGGAAUUACUAUUAUAAGCAACUACAAGCGAGAAUGGAGCGUUUAGUUGAUGACGUGGAACUUGGCUUUCAAGCGCUGGGGCGCAAAGUGCCAACGACGGGGAAGCAAUCGCUGCGACAAGCAAAGCGAAAUGUACAACAGCUGAUGCUUCAGUCCAAGCAACGUAUACGCCAACUGGAGAGGGAUAUUGUACGCAUACGCCAUAUGCUGCCCCACGGCGAAGCCAACAAACAUGAGAUUCGUAAAGCUAAAUAUCAAAAUAUAGACUCCAUAUAUAUGAUGGAGGAGGGUAAACUUGCCAAAGGUAGACCUCAAGUCAUUUCUGAUACGAAAGGUGGUAUACAGGAUUUUUCAUUACAAAGUAGCGCAAAGACAACGCUAACGCAUGAGUGCUACUCUACAGCAAAAUCUAUUGAUCAUUCGAAACCACCACAGGUGAAAGCAAAUAUACAAAAAUCCACAGUGGAGAACUUGGAUGAGAAAAAGUUACCAAAUGACACCUCAAUGACUGAUUCUUCUGUAUCCUUGCGUGUUCCUGAUGCUGAUAUACCUAGAUCUCUAAUGCUAAGUGCCGAAAAAGACAAUUGAGCAAAGUUUGUGGCAUUUGUCGGUCUGAUUGUUCAAAUAACUGUAUAUGAUUCUGAAAAUUUGCUUCUUAUUUUUAACAUAAAAAAUAUGACUUAUUUGAGAUUAUUUUACUUAUAUACAUAUAGUAUUAACUAUAAUCUAUAUUUUUAAUACAAUUUUAAUUUCUUUUAAAACAAUUUUACUUACACAAAUCUCAAUAAAAAAAUAUUGGGAAAAAA